AUGAAGCGUGGUAAGUGUCGUAAAAGACGGUUAAGAAUGGCUGUAAAAACCAUAGACAAUGAUGUUUUGAUAAUGGACAAAACUUCUGGUGUCGAUACAGCUGUUGAAGAAGCACAAUGGGCAAUAAAUUCAGCAUAUAAUCGAGUCUCGGAUAAUCGGUUAGCUGCGGGCCUAAUCCAACUAUGUGGGGGUGCCUCUGCCUAA